AUGGACCGGAGCGGAGACGCGAGUGCGCGCGCAGGCGUGGGGGCCGCAGGCAGUCCUGGCGAGCGAGGACUGUGGGAAGCGGACGUCGAAUGGGGCGCGUCAGACUGGGGGCGAUGGCGGAGCGGUGUAGAGGGAAGCUGGAACCGCGCGCGUGGAGUGGGUGCGGUGCCAGCAGAGCAACGCGAGGCGCGCGAGGUAGCGGCCGCGCGGGAGAGAUAUGAGGCCGCCGUGCGGGAAGGCGGCCGGGUGAGUAGGAAAGCCGUGAGCGGCGGUUUCGAAGAAGAAAGGGAGAAGACGUUUGCAGAGUAUCGAGAGUCUUUGACCAGUGUGGGAUGUCCAGACGUGCUGGAAGCUGUAGGGAUGGACGUUGUUGCGUUCAUCCAGGGAUGGUGGUUGCCAAAUCACGAAAAGAAUUUUCGAACGGUGGUAGAGGGGGAGAACAAGAAAGUGGCCUCGGCUUCGGCCGUGAAAGCCGUAAUUGGCCACGUAGCAAAAAGUUACAGUAUGUUGGGAGUGGCGGACGCAGUGAAUCCGGCCAAAUCGGAAGCGGUGAGGAGCUAUCGAGAAGGGUACCGGAACGAGUUGCACGAAAGGGGGGUUCGCGAGAAGCGAGCGAAAAUCAUGUCUGAAAGUAAAGUGACACAGCUAGUGGAGCAUCUAAAUAGAGAGGUACGAAGCCGGAAGGGGAUCAGCCGAUGCUGUGCCGCAAUGGAUCGGGCGGCAGUGUUAUAUUUGUGGGAGACAUGGGCGCGUGGAAAGGAGUGCGGAACGGUGGAAGCAGGGCAGGUUGAUGUGGCAGACAGCAUAGUGCGGCCUGGGUGGAGUAAGACAAUUCGAGAGGAGCCGAGUGCGGAGAUCCGGGUGAGAAGCGGCGCCGAGCCGAACACGUUCAUUUGGGCAGCGGGGUUGCUGACGCAUGAGAUGUCUGAGUGCAGCGUGGCCCCUGGAAGGGGUUAUCUGUUCCGGCCGUUGACUCGGCGGAAAGAUGGCUUUUUGGAUGAGUCGUUGAGUGCGGGGGCUAUGAACCGGCGUGUGCAGCGUCAUAUGCAGCGUGCGGGGAUGCACAACGGAGAAACGUUGCAUAGUUUCAGGCGGUCUGCCGUGCAGCAUGCGGCAGAAUUGGAGGGGUACGACGUAGAAAGAUUGAUGUCGUUGGGGCGUUGGAAAAGUAAGAGUGCAUUCAGAAUAUAUGUGGAGGAGAUUGCGGGAGCGUUCGCUCGAGGAAGCAUGUAG